AUGGGCGCCGUGGGCUCCUUGCUCCAGGCCCGCUCCGUCGUGCCGCACCGCCCCGCGCUGCCCAGACCCGCCUGGCUGGGGGUGGCCGCGGUGGGCCUGGCCGCGGUGGCGCUGGGGACGGUCCUCUGGCGCCGCGCGAGGCCCAGGCGGCGCCGGCGGCUGCAGCAGGUGGGCACCGUGGCCGAGCUCUGCAUCUACCCGGUCAAGUCCUGCAAGGGGGUGUCGGUGAGCCAGGCCGAGUGCACGGCCUUGGGGCUGCGCAGCGGCCACCUGCGGGACAGGUUCUGGCUGGUGAUUAAGGAAGAUGGACACAUGGUCACCGCCCGGCAGGAGCCUCGCCUUGUCCUGGUGUCCAUCACCUAUGAGGACGACUGCCUGGUCUUCCGGGCUCCGGGUGCGGGCCAGCUGGUGCUGCCGUGCAGGCUGCCUUCCUCCAACACGAUCCACAACUGCAGGCUUUUUGGUCUUGACAUUAAGGGCAGGGACUGUGGCGACGAAGCAGCUCAGUGGUUCACCAACUUUUUGAAAACAGAAGCCUACAGGCUGGUUCAGUUCGAAAAGAACAUGAAGGGAAGGGCAUCGAGGAAAAUCUUCCCGUCGUUUGUACAGAAUUACCAGGUGGCCUACCCGGACUGCAGCCCAAUCCUGAUCCUCUCGGAAGCCUCCCUGGCAGAUCUGAAUACCAGGCUGGAGAAGAAAGUGAAAAUGGACCAAUUCAGGCCGAAUAUCGUGGUGACAGGCUGUGGUGCUUUUGAGGAGGACUCCUGGGACGAAAUCCUAAUUGGCAGCACAGAAAUGAAAAAGGUUUUGGCUUGCCCCAGGUGCAUUAUGACCACGGUGGACCCAGAUACCGGAGUGAUAGACAGGAAGGAGCCCCUGGAGACCCUGAAGAGUUACCGCUUGUGUAGCCCUGAAGAGAAGCCAAUAUACAAGGCGUCCCCCCUUUUUGGGAUCUAUUAUUCGGUGGAAAAAAUUGGAAGCUUGAAAGUUGGUGACCCCGUGUAUCAGAUGGUGCAGUGACGGACCCAUGAGGUCGUCAACGACCAGGAGACAUCAACCAGGAUUUUAACGACAAUAAUUACAGCACCUUGGCCAAUCCUUAGCACCCAGACUCUGACUGAUCAUCUUCACCCUGGAAAUGAAUCUCUGUUUUUGACUUUUCGGAGUUACGCCUGCUCCAAGUUCAUGCAAGGGAAGUAUUUGAGGUGAUUCGGGAAUAGAAAGGUUAUGCAGAUUUUUGGCGAGGAAGACAUUUUAAAUCAAUAAAAUGACCUAGAAAAUGAUUUCAAAGGUUGCUGUGGCAAUGAUACUUCUGACAUUAAUACUGAUGCGUUAAGAAAGUAUAGAGACUCUGCUCAAAAGCUGCAGAACCUCCUUGACGCGUUUACAUUCUGUCACCUACCAUUCCGUGUUUUCGGCGACAUACCACCAGGCUCCCCGAAGUGCCUUUGGAGAUGAACCCACAAAAUUCUGUCCGUCGGUGUUCACGUGGCGAUUGAGCCUUAUGGACCCGGCUGUCUUGGAAUCGGGUUGUACUUGAGAAUGGCAGUUAUUUUAUAGACCUUACAUUCGAUGAUGCCUCUAUUAAGCCACAUAAAACUAAUUGGGUUUAACUGCCAAAUACAGCGCCUGGAAGGCCCGGGCAUGAUGAAGAAAAUGAUGGACUUUUGAGAGCUGGAGUGGGAAGAAGGGAGGCUGCACAUAUAUU